AUGGCGGAGGAGUGCGCAGGGAGCGGCGGCGGGGGAGCCGCGCCGGGUGCGCCCGAAGAGGAGUGCCCCCCGGUCAUCGUGUCGUGGGAGGGCUCUGCUGACAUACAGAGCGGAGACAUCCUCAUCGUCCGCAUCGCGGACUCCUUACUACUCGACACCUUUGGUCAAGUCGAUGCCAAGAACGGCACUUCUGAUACAAAUGUUUCUCAUGGUGAUGGGGAAAGGGUACAUCGCACGCUGCUGCAGCCAGCCGUGUACCAAGUGACACGCCAGGGACAUGAGCAUUGUGAUGUCUCCGAUGGAAUGUUGCUGGACAUCACUCCACUAGACGAGGGCGGAGCGAAACUCUUCACGCUAUACGACAAGGAUCUAACAGAAGGCGUCAAUUUACUCAUAGUGGUUUCUGAAAAUUGGAAGUCACAAUGUGUGCGACUAAAAGUAACCGUAAAAUCGGACAACUGCGGUGAGUCUGAAGACUGCUCGGGCAAGGGUGUGUGUUACACUAACGUUUCAAUGGAAGGGUACGAGUGUCAGUGCUGCCCAGGGUACGUGGGUCCACACUGCGAGGAGCGAGACGCGUGCAAUCCGUCACCAUGUCUCAAUAACGGCAUCUGCGUCGACCUCACGCAACCUCUCAAUGGCGCCAACUACCGGUGCCUUUGUCCUUAUGGUUUUACCGGCAGAAAAUGUGAACGAGACCCAUGCUACUCAUCACCAUGUUUGAAUGGUGGCUCCUGUAUGAGUAUGGCAAUGAAUGGGUCGACAACUUUCCACUGCGCGUGCGCAGACGGCUGGACUGGCGCGCACUGCGAGCUUUCUAUAUCCGGAGGCGCCUGCAUGUCGAAUCCUUGCGUGAAGGGUAUCUGUAUCGAACAAAUUGACAGCGACGUCGAAGGACAAGAUUAUCGCUGUUUCUGUCAACCUGGGUACACUGGCGAACGCUGUGAAUUGGAGUACAACGAAUGUGAGUCGUCGCCGUGUGCCAACGGGGGCACUUGCACCGACCGCGUCGGCGGUUUCGCGUGUUCGUGUGGUCGCGGCUACACUGGCAACACGUGUCAGCUCAAGGUGGACCUGUGCUCCCCAAGUCCGUGUCCUUCCCAUCGGAUCUGUCUGGACCGUGGCAAUAACUACGCUUGCGAGUGUCCCCUCGGCUUUGUCGGUGACGAGUGUCAUAUUCCGACCAGAUCUGCAUGCGACAACAACCCCUGUGCACAUGGCGGAACAUGUUGGAGUGGGAUUGAGUCUUUCUACUGCUCUUGUCGUCCUGGCUAUACGGGAAAACUCUGUGAAGAGGACUUUAUUCUCGAAUCAGUGGUUGGAAGCGAGGGUGGCAUGGACGUAGAGCCUCGUAGGGGAAGGCUUGAGAACACCGGCGGAGGAUCUGUUCGUGAAGUGCGGAUGCCACUGGGACUGUACCAUGAUAGGCUACACAAUGUAUACAUUGCUGCUGGAACGCUUGGAGCUGCUAUUGCUAUCGUUGGGGUUGUGGUGACGGCCUGCCACUGUCGCGUGAACAAGACGUACUCCCGGCUGUUAUCUCGCCUGUCUCGAGUUACGGAGCCAGGCCCACCGCACCAUUGGUUGCAAGACAAGCGCGCCCCACCUGCAGCAGCACCGUUCCCUCCGCCUUCAAACACCCUGGAUACCACCGAUAUGUAUUACACCCUCGACUUCAGCGACAGUCAGAGCUCUCCUCUUAUUCAAUAGCAAUCAUUCCAGAACUGCUCCGAUGGGGAACGGUUCAAAAUACAAAUCUAAGAAGUAGCGGAAGCCUGCGUAAACCCAUCUCAGUACGCUUGGAGUGCAAGUAACAGCAACUGAAAGUUACUUCAAAUAUUUCAACAUUAAUUUGGACAACUAAGCAGAAUGCAUCGCAUUUAAUGUGCCAUUAUAGAAAGUAAAAUAUUGAUUUUGUUUUGGAAUGUGAAAGUGUUAGCAAUUAACAAACAAUUUUAUUAAACAAAAUUUUGCGCUAAAGUAUAAUAAUGGCGUGGGAGAUAAAAUAACUAUCGACAACACAGAACCAUUAACUUUGUGGUUUCGUGACGCAAAUAAAUUAUUUGUUCGUAACGAAUAAUUUAUGAUUAUAGCUGUAGUAAAUUUUGUAGCGUCCCGCUGCUAGUAGAAAAAUACAAUAUUAAUCCAUUUUCUCGGUUUCUAGAAACAUUAUGUAUGUUUUGUUGUUAUUUACAUAAUUAAUACAUAUAUAUUUGUAUUUUAUUAAAACCCAUCCAGGGUUUUGAUAGUUAUAGUUUUUUGAUAGAAGAUACGGCAGUUCGUAAUAAAGCUAGGCUUCGACUUGUAUAGAAAUACGUAUUGGCUCGUAAAGCUGUACUCAUUUGUAGAUGUUAUUUAAGUGGACGUGAUUUUAUUAAAAAUAUUAUGCAAUUAUUGUAUUAACGAUCUAGACUUUUAUAAAGGCUUCUGUAGAAAAAGAACCGAUAGC